AUGCCUGUUGAGACUAUUACCUCAUUCGAACAGUUCAAAGAGCUUAUCAACGGUGAUAAACCUGUUGUAAUUGAUUUCUGGGCAACAUGGUGUGGACCUUGCAGAAUGAUCUCCCCUGUUUUUGAGAAAUUAUCAAACACCGGUGGCUUCGACUCUGUCGGGUUUUAUAAAGUUGAUGUCGAUGCCCAACCAGAGAUUGCCCAGGAAGUUGGCGUUAGAGCAAUGCCAACCUUCUCACUCUUUCACAAGGGUAUCAAAGUUGACAGUCUGGUUGGAGCUAAUACCAAGGGAUUGGAAGAGCUUCUUGUCAAGGCAGCUUCUUCCUAA